AGACAGCGUUGUUAUGAUAUGAUGCCACCGAAUGGCGCUGAUAAUCUAUUGCCGAAUGAACCGCUUAUUAAAGUUGAAAAAACAGUUACUAUCGAGAAGACCGAGAAAUCGGAGUACAUUGAAGAGGACAAUGACGCCACAGAAUGUGAUUGCCAGGAACUGGGUUUUGGAGCAGGUGAUGCAGUGUUCGCAAGUGUUGUGGUGGCCCCUUUAGUUGUAGGGGUAUGGCGUAGUUCAUGGGGCAUCAUGGAACUGCACGCCAAGAUGUUUCCGUACGCUCAAAACUUCAUUCUCGGAAUUUUAAUACACUGCUGUUUUUCUAUUGCAAAAACUCGCCUAUUUUCCCGAUCCGUUGACGCAUGGGGUGAAGGAAAAGCAGGCCGGUGGCUAAGAGAACGAGUAUUAUCUCGUUUCUAUACAUACAUAUUCAUUAUGUCCAACGUUAUGCACUGGAGAGGUGGUUGGGGCCUUAUGGAUACUAUGGUCGCUGCUAUUCUACCCAAUGAUCAGGAUCCUCAUAGACCAGUGUUGAUCGGGACGUAUUUGAUAGUAUGCAUCGUGUUAAUCUUAGUUCUUCGCUCCGCACGCAACCUCUUAGCGUCUCCGUACUUCGUAGUCACAGAUGGAAAACAACCAACUUACAUAUUUACUACAAGAUUUCAGAAGAGUAGUAAGGAAACGGCUCUGUACAUACUGGACUGUGUGUUUUCUGUGACUGUGGUCGGGUCACUGGUGGUGUUCGUGUGGCGAGGUCUGUGGGCUUUGAUUGACAUUUACCUCUAUCCAGAUGAUCCUGUAAAAUCUUGCUGGACAUCACUUAUAGUAGGUUACUCUAUGGUAGUAGUCACGUUUUCGCUGCAGGCGCCGAUGCGAUGGGUUGUCGCAAGACUUCAGGGAGCCCCAAGGCUGUUGAUUGCUGAUGUUUAUCACUUACUUUCCUUCGCUUCCACGGUUAAUGUAUGGCGAGGGGUUUGGGGAUUGUUGGACAUUUAUUUUUUGCCAGAUUCGCCUCUCCUAAGCAACUGGUCUUGUCACAUCGUAAGUCUGGCGUUGCUGAUUCUCUUAAAUUGUUCAAAUUCAAUUCUUGUAAGAGGAGUUUAUAUUGACGCAGAGGAACCAGCUGGCGAAUGCGUCAUCUUCCCCUGUCACUACCUCCGACUCUUCUUCCACAAGGAAAGAACAAAACGACAUAAAGCGUUAGAUUUAACGAAAAAAAUGGAAGAAGCCAGUGUGCCUUUACAAACACCAGAAGAAAAAGUAUAGGCAACCAUGGUUGUGCAAUGGUUGUUGGAAUAUUGCCAGAAUGACAUUUUUUUAUUCUAUACCCAUAUUUUAUUACGAACAUAGUUCCGAUAUAGUGUACCGUGAUUAAGUACUAUAAUUAAAAGCCAGAGAGACUAUAGAUUUAACGAGAUCAAUGAAAUACUCUAAAGCCUUAUUAUAUUAUUUUUUAUAACGUCGGCAUUAGUUUCAUAUGCUGUUUAAUGAGAUUAAAGGAUUCCUAUUUAAUUGAAGAUUGUACUCGUGUUUUUCUCCAUUAUCAAUUAUUCAAUCCUAAGUAUAGUAUACAAAUUACUUUAUAUACAAAAACUUAAACAUAUUACUUGUAAUCGGUAUAAGUUCAGAGGAUAACUUUGGCUAAAUUAUUAUGACAUUACUCUUUAUAAAUUAUUUAAAAAGGUAUGAUGUAAUCCUUAUUUUACUGUAUUCCACUAUCAAUGCAUUUAAAUUUAGUAGUGAAACUAAAACUAUAUAGUUAUCACAAAAAUGGUGUCACUAAAUAUGGAAAAAAUAGCGGUAAUGUUGGGCGAAUUGGAUAUAUUAAAUGAGUCGAAAAUUUACAGAUAUUUGUAUUGACAAAAAUCGUCGUAACGCUUACUUUUCACUGCUGUGACUAUUAUAGCAUCCAUGCGCAGAUUAUUUACACUAUAAAAAGUGCCUUAAAAUAUAUAUUUUUGUAUUAUAUAUUUCCAUCAACGAACUAUGUGAGAGUGCUGCCUUAUUUUGUCGUAUUUUUAUAUACUUAAUGCUACGCUUCAGGUGAUCAAAUCUAAGUCAGACUUCGAGAUCAUUCCAUUUGUAUUAUAUAUUUAGCAAUAGGCUUAUGUACAUACAAUGUUU